AUGAUGCCGCCGUCGAAUUAUCAGCAUAUUGUUCUCAAGGGACUACCAUAUGAACGUGGUCAUACGCACGGAGAACAGGCCCGGCAGAAGAUUCUUGAUAGCCUUGCUCACUAUCAUGCCCCGGGAAAAUUACUUCCAUGGGAGACAUCUCUGCGCAUCAUCAAGGAGGUCUAUCUCCCAGGUAUAGAGAAAUACUUUCCCGAAGCACUCCCAGAGCUUCAAGGUAUCGCAGAUGGAGCCGGUGUGGAUUUGGAUGAGAUUUUGUUCCUCAAUGCCCGCUACGAUCUUGCCAGAGUUCGAGGAUCAACUAUUCGACCAUGUCCUCCGAGCUCAAAUUCAAGCUCCUCCAAAGUGACCGUAAAUGGUCAUGGAACUCAAAAUGGUGUUGAACGAAGCCAAACCGCGGCUUUGGGCGAUGAUAUCUCAGAUUUGCAAGAGCUUCAAGAGUGCACCACUGCUGGAUUCCUUGCUGAGUCCAUGAGCAAUGGUGACAUUAUCUUGGCCCAAAACUGGGACAUGUCCGCCAAUGUUUACCUUAAAGAUACGGCUGUAUACCUAGAGAUCUACCCGGAUGCAUCUGAAGAUUUACCCGCCAUGUUUGUAAUGACUGAAGCGGGUCAGCUGGGUCGCUCUGGCUUUAACUCCGCAGGACUUGGCGUCUGCGCGAGCUCUCUCAUGUCAACUGAAGAUUACUUCCCAUUGGAUCUCUCUGUGUCUCCCAGUAGUCCACAGGAACCCCUCCUACCAAUGUCGCUGGUCCGCCGACAGUUCCUGCACAACACCAAUUUUGCCAACGCACUUAUAAACGUCAAGAACGCCCCGAGACAUUUAUCAAACAAGCUUAUUGUUGGAACCGCAGACAAUUUCAUCAUGUCUAUGGAGAUUACGCCAAGCGCUGUCCAUCUCGGAUACCCUUCCAGCGGAGAUAACUUCGUGGUAGCAUCGAAUCAUUUCACCAGCGAAUCUUUCCAGGCAAGUCAAUGGAACGAUCGUUACCCCGGUGGCAGCAGUUGGUUCCGCGCCGUCAGAGUUGCACAAAGAGUCCGACCAUCGAAUAACAAACAGUUAACGGAAGAGAAAAUAACCGAAGCGUUCUGCGAUCAUUUGUCACUACCUUCAUCUGUCUGUCAACACAUGGAAGAUUGCACAGUCAAGAACGUACCAGAUUAUCCAUACAAGGGUGCUCAGACAACUUUGGCUCAUGUUCGAUAUAACCUGACAAAGCGAACAACGAGCGUUUGCAAAGGCCCGCCCUGCAUGGGUCAAUUUGAUCAGUAUUCCCUACCUAUUGCAAGUAAUUUAGGUCAGCACGAAAAGAGAGAGAUUGGUGUCAACUACACAAUUGUAAAUGGCAAGCUCAAGAAGCAGGAAACACCCUAG